UCGACAACAAUAUCAAUAUGGCGACUAAACAUUGAAGUCUUACUCAUGUUGUGUGUAUUUCGGCGUUGUUUCUGGUAUUUUCAACGCGAUGGAUUCAACCGAUUCAAUGAUCGACCCUCAGGCAGAAGUUCAAAAGUUGCAGGACCUUGUGAAGAAGCUUGAGAAACAGAAUGAAGUGUUACGAGGCCGACAAAAACUUCAACUUGAGUCAUUGCAAAAUGGGGAAAUAGAACCAGUGAAGAUUUUGCCAAACCAUAACAAUAAUAUAUCAGAUAAAUUCAAUAAUGACAAAGCAAGGACAAAAUCUGACUCUAGUGAUAUUUUUGAAGAUGAAGUGAUAGACCUGGAAAAGCUCUCUUUUAAGGAUGACGAAGACAGCUGGUUGUACUCAUCACCUAAGCCCCCUACGCCCCUACAGUCACGAGUCAGUCCAUAUAAAUGGGUGCGACAGGAGUUUGACCAUCCAAGUCCUGAGGUGGAGUCAGUACGCAAAUCUCUCAUCCACAGACUGGAUGAGGCUGCUCGCAGAGAAAGUGAGGAAGCCAUGUCGAGGAGCUGUAGUACGCCAGCCUUCCAGAGCCUAACCACACCCUCCCCCACACGAGGUUACUCCCCUAUGAGCCAGUCAGCUGAUAGUACCCCUCUAUAUAACCACAAGCCUGUGGUCAAAAAAACACAUGCUGGUAAAAUCAGUCGCCUUGAUACAGGAACAUUUACACGGCCAAAGAAGAAUAGAGAGCCACCACCUCCUAUUGUCACCCAGGGUAGCUGGAGUAGCCAAGAGGAUUCGCCACGGAGUGCUGACAGUUACCGUGACGAUGACAAACAUCCUGAUGUGGCAGACAUUGAAAACCUUGCAAAACAGCAGGAAGAAAGUUUACGACAGAGUUUGAGCCAGACCCAGUCUUCCCCGCGAAGAGGAAAACGGUCUCGGCAACCUGCUCAGUCUGUUGCCGUGGGUAACAAUGAUAUAGAUAACAGUGCCUCAAAUAUGGGUUCAAAUCGCUCAAGUCCCUGUAGGCAAGAUGGUGAGCGAAGGAACAGCCAAAGUAACAGUAUAGGGUCAGACAUAAGUAGUCCUCCAGACAGUCCUUAUGGGAGUCAGUAUCUGAAUCCUCCAAACCAAGGAGAAACACCAGGGUUACGGAGAAGUUUACCAAAUGUCUCUAGAAUAAACCAACCGCCUGGCUUCCACUCCAGUGAUCCUUACUUAGAUAAUAAUUCAUCUGGAGGUAGUGAUGACUAUGAUCGUACGGCUCCAGAGCCCCGCCAGUUAUCACGCUUACAACCACAGGUGCGACCCGCCUCUCCCAAUGUGAGUGGUCUGCGACAGCCUAACCAGGUACGGAGAGGCCUGUCUCCACAGAGGACUGGGCUCCCCCAGCCUGCCCGAAGGUCCAUACCACGCCCUGGGAGUGCAGGAGCUGGAGGAAAGUCUGGGAUAGCCACACCCAGGAGGUCGGCUAUACCGUCACCACGUCCGACUGCUGCCUCUAGAUCGAGUGACGAGAGCUGGAAAGAUGGCUGUUUCUGAUAGCCUGGGUACUGUAUAUGCUGUUCUGAUAGAACCUUUAUGAUCUUUUGAUCCGACUUCAUUGUAUGUACAGUAGCAAACUCGGACAAUCUGGAAAAGACAUAUUUUUGUGAUUUCUUUCGAAAUAAGUUUUCAGGAGGCUUUUACAUAUGAAACUAUUAAGUGUUGUCUGGUUUUAUGGAUUUAUUUCAUGGGAUUUUUGAAGACUUCUUAACUGAACAGAUGUGCGGCCAAUCAGAACUUACAAACAGGAAAUGGGAGUGUCACCCAACACUUGGAUUAGUGUCAGAGGUAUUGAGUAACAAUGUCCGACCAUAAAAUGGUCAUCUAUGGAAUGACCAGUAUCAGUAGAAAAGAGCGACCCUAGAUUGUGAUGAAAGGCAUGUGGAAACAUCAGAUGAAGAAGUGGCAGAAAUUCUAACUUCUGUUUUAUAUCAUUGUUUUACUAAGGUUUUUAGUAGAAAGUAUAUCAUUACUAACAAUGUUUAAUAAGUGCAAUACUUUUUCAUCAGAAAUUUUAACCAGAAAUCCCAGCUACUUCCUGCAAGUCAUGACAUGGUCGACCCAGUAUGUCUGACGGACAUGGUCGACCAAGUAUGACUGAUGGACAUGGUCGACCCAGUAUGCCUGAUGGUUUGUUAAGGAUGAUGUCAUAGUCAGGCAUGUCAGAUAUGUGGGACAAAUCCAGUGAUGGAGUCUUGCAUUAUUCUAAUGAUAACAUGCUAUUGGUUACUACAGGCUUGCUACAAUCAAUUCCAUUUUAAGGGAAGAGGUAAAUUAUCAUGAACUCAUUUUACCUGUAUAAUAUUGUGUAUAUUGGCUUCAAAGUUUUGUGAUAUGUUUGGAUUAUAGUUUCACGAUUUUUAAUUGCUUCCAGAUCAGAUUGUACAUUUUCGUCUAUAUUCCUGCAGUCAUCAAUGUUAGAUUUUUCCGCUCCAGUAAUGAUACCCCUGCUCGCCAUCGAGAGAGCUUCUCUAGGUUUGCCCUUUUCUCUGUAAAUGGUUUCUGCAUCCUUUUGAAAGCCGUAUCAAAUUUCAGUACUUAGCACAAAGUAAAAUGUUUAAUAUGUUGAAAGAAAUUAAUUUCAGUUACAAAUAUUUUAAAAGUACAGAAAAUUUUACAAGGAGGAAAACAGCAGGAGGUAUACUGUAAAGCCAGAAUAAAGGGUGAUUAUCUAUACCAUGUACAAUGUACAUACCUAAUCGGGCCAGUUAGAUAGUAGGCUGAGUAGCUCAAACUACACGGGUAAUUGUCUGUAAGAUGUAUGUGUAAUUUUGUCUGGUUUGAGUGCAUAUUUAAUAUUCAGUCUGCUUCCAUAGAUAUGCAGAAGCUACCACACAAAGUUAUUUAACCGCUGCACAUAGAUUUGACAUGAAUCACUUAAAACAAAUAACCAUUGAAAGAAAUAUUUAUUCCAUGAUAUAAAACAAUUACAGAUGAUCCAAAACCUUAGAUCUAGACAAAACCCAGAAGGAGUCAGAUAUUUUGCAGAGUACUUUAUUUACGUAUGAUUACCGGUAAUUUAUUGUGUAUUGGUGAACUUUUAUUGUUGUAGAUAUACUAGUGUAUUGAGUACAAGGCUACACGAACAAAAAAAAACUAAUUUUAUACUUCAUCCUGUGAGUAAAGUGAGUUGCCAUAUAUGUAUAUGUAAUUAUUAUUCUCAAUUAUUUGAGCUAAAUUACCUUUCAAAUAUAACAUUAUUAAUUAUGGUUUGUGUAUGACACAUGAUAAUGACAUCAGGAGUAUAUUAUUUGAAAUUGCUUCAAUUUUACAUAACGAUUUUAAUGGCAAACCCGCAACAGUAAUAUGUAUUAUGUUUUAUUGAUAUAAGUUAAAGUUGUUUUUUUCAUCUGAUAUGAUAAGUUUUAUCAUAAUAUUACAACAUGAUUACAGCAUAUGUACAAUUGAUAAUUUUUUUUUUUUUUUAAGUCUUGGUUUUUAUGCAAGUUUUAUCAUGAUAUCACAACAUGAUUAUAUCACAUGUACAAAACUUCACCAGAGACUUGAAGUUUCUUCAGAUGAUGUGUUUUGUGUAUGUUGAUCCUUACCUAACAGAAGUAAUCGUACAAGGGUAAUUUAGAUUUAGUGUGUGCAUAUAUUAUAUCCUGUACAAUCAUGUCAAGACAAAGUUUGCCUUUCAUUGUUCAGCAACUUGUGAUAUUCAUUAAUGAUCAAUAGUCGGAACCCUUCCUUGGUCAAAUCUGUUGUCCUGGUCAGGUUUCAUACUGUACAGUUUUUUUGUAGGUAUCAGUUUUGUAUCAUAGUUAGAAAUGCUGCAAAUCCAUGACUCUAUGUCAGUCUUUUAGCUUGAAAGUAUUAUAUAAUGUUAUAGCUCUGAAUGUAUCGGUAAGAACGGUUCCUAUAAGGUACCAAUUUCUCCGGAUCAUACAUGAACUUUAGAAUCCUUGUUUAGCGGAAUUACUCAAUUUUCCAAAACUGCUGUUAAGGUUCCCAAAAGAAGCAUUUCAUGAGAUAAAUACUGAUGUAUUGCCAUGAUUGUGUUAGAAAGUCUCUAGUGUAUAUAUUCGAGACAUGAAAGUAUUGAAACACUUCCACAUUACCACAUUGCUGUAAAUAUUAACUCACUCUCGCUGUAUGUUAGAGCUCUAUAAUGAAGAGCCUGUUUCUAAUUGUGAAUGCAUGUUGAAAAAUUGUGUGAAGGUUGGAUGAUUUAAAGGGAGGUAACUAUGGACACUGGUAUAAAUAGUCAUACAUAAAUUAUUGAGUGUAUCAACACAUUGUCUCAUUUUCUACAGAAUGGUUUGUUUGUGUUAUUGAUGGGUAACCUCUAUAUAUAUGGCAGAUAUCAAAAUACUUAUUUAUAGCAUCAAUUAGUGAAGGAAAUCAAGUCAUAUUAUAAUAUGUAAUUAUUAAUAUUAAUUAUAAUCUAAUAAAUACAUGGACUGAUGAAAACAGUGAUUUAGUGUGGAUGUCUUACUUUAAUUUAGAUAUUUAAUCCUCUUCAGUACAGAAUCAUUAGAUGUGUAAGUACGAUAUAUUCCAGAUAGAGAAAUUGAUCUAAUAUCACUAAAAUAUCAAACAUGUACCUACUUUUAUCCCACUUUAGUUCUUUCCCUUUACAUUAUUUGAAAAUUGGUGAAUUCAAAUGGGGAAAUAAUACUAAUUUUAUAUUUUACGACUCGUAAAACAAUUUAUACCUUGUGAAAGUAUAAUUAUGACUUUACUGAAUAUUUGUACGAAAAUACAACUCAAACCUUUGCUCAUCUUGCCAUAAACAAACUCUCACCACAAUUUAAAUGUUGUUGUAAACAUGUUGAUCGUGUGAAAAUGCUUUGUAUUUCUCAGAAAUUCUUGAUCUUUAAGAUUUAGAAAAUUAUCAAAAUAUCAACACCAUGUUGAUAAUUCUUGCAAGGUUAUUCGAAAUUGUGUAUAUAAAGUUGGGGUUCGACUCAAUUCUGACAAGUUUAAAUGUUCAUUUGAUCAAAUAUAAGUGUUUUAUCACCACCCACAGUUUUGUCUCUGUCAAUGCUAGAUUAUUACAGAUUUGGCUCCGGAAGUAAACAUUAUUAUUGAAGGAAUAAGUAUAAAUAAUUUGAGAUCUUACUGUCUCUUGCAAAAUGAUAAUAUGAACUUUUCAAAGGUACGAUUUGUACUACCUUGACAGGAAACUAUACUCCCAUAAGGAUGCAGGUACAGUUGAGCCCUCCUGAUUACUGUGUUAUCAAACCCCACCCCAUUUCCCUGUUUCAAUGUCAGUUAUCUUAAAAUACCUUAAAGUAUGAUUAUAGUAAAUCUUUCUUAAUGUCCACAUAAUGUGAUAAAAAAUACAUUACUACAGCCAUGGAAUUGAUUCUAGAUCCAUUUUCAAUUAGACUUGAACAUAGAAUUAGGAUACUGGUAUCAUGAUUUCAUUUAGUCAAGUAUUUAUAACUUAUAUUUUACAUAUCAUUUAUAUUUUAUUGAUCAUGUAUCAUGACUUAUGUAAUUUUGAGUUCCUGAUAAGUAUAGUUUCACAUCAGGUCAAUAAGUAUACAUUUUGUAUAUCUAUUAUUUGGAUCAAGAAUAAGCCUUCAGAGUAAUAUACCCAACACCAGCUAGGGAGGGAGGUAUUGUCAUCAGCAUUAUUGAAGACUGUUCACUAUAUAGAUAGCUGGUGUUAUUGGUAGAUUUUGACUCCCACUUAUCAUUCAUAUGAUUUGUUAAUAGAGUGUAAAAGUUAAAACCUCCAGUCUAAUUAAAAUAAGAUCCGUCAUUGUUCAUCAUCUGUUCUUUGUUACGAAGUACCAAACACAGGCGUGAUGAGAUAUGAUAAUCUAGACUGUAUUGCAUCAAAUAUCAUUGCUAAAGUUUGCUUUAAUCAUUGAAUAAUUGUAUAUUAUAAUCCUACCAUUCUGAAGAAUAUUUUAUCGUAAUUAGCUUAUAAAGCAGGGGAUUUUCUUAUGUCCUCCAGUCAUUAAUCACUUAUGGUUUAGCUUUGCUAUUUUCGUCAUCAGGGAAAAUGUGAGGAAUUGAGGUCAUCCAUAGAAAUAGUGCUUUUACUUGGAUUAUGUAGGUGUAUUUUAAAGUCUGUAUUACGUCAUUUGUAUCUUUAAAGGUUUGGAUAUAUAUUCCAUGGUUAUGUUUUAAUUCCCGCUUCCUGUAUUUCACGUGUCACCAACUGGUGUGGCGUGCAAGUGUCACUAUAAGGACAUUUAUAUUAUUUUAAUCACAUGAUCUCAUUAAUUUAGGUAAAUACAUUUUAUUUAGCCAAGGAACUGUCUGUGUGGAGAGAAUCGGUUAAAGAUGUGUGGAAGAGGUUUAAAACCAAUGAUUAAUUAUGACUAAUUGGAGAGCAGUUGUUAGGUAGAUUGGCCUCUGUCUACCUUCUGAGGAUUUUACAAAAACACAACCAAGUAAGACAAAUAAGGAUGUGUUACUGGUAAGAAAAUAUAAUGGGCAUUUUCAAUACCAUUUAAAAGUAUUGCACGAAAGUUUUCAGACAGAAUUGUAAAAUACGAAAGCUACUGUACAUUAGCAGUCCUGUUGAUAGUCGUUACGUAUGUUUGGUGUGAGUUGAGUAAUCGACAGUUCCAUGGUUUCAUAUGUUUUACUAUUUACGUUGGUAUUGUUCUAUAUCAAACACCGGGGCCGACUCUUCAUUGCCUCGUGGUAUAUAGACUGUUUGGACUGUCACAUGUUAAACAUGUAUCAUUAUAUGAGGUAGUGAAGUUACACCCAUCCCAAUUAAAUCUCGGUUGGUGCUUAGAUUCGUUACGAAUUAUGAAUAUGUCCGUAAAAAAUAACUGUCCGAGAUAAUGAAAAGGAAGGAAUUGUGAAAAUUAGAAAGUGAAAUUCAAUUUUAACAUUUAAGUAGCUUGAAAAUAUUUACCCACUUUCAUUUUUGGACAAAAGAUGUUGGUUAAUUUACCAUGUUUAUAUGUUUGAUGUUAUCCAGUGGUGAGUCCUUAUCUUCCUCCUUUUUGUUUUGGUUGGAGGAGAAUUACAUUAGGCUCGUAUAAAGCAUACCUUGUGUCGGAGUCGUUAAAAGUAAUAAUUCGGAUCCGAAAUUGCAAAGACGUAGUUCUUAUCAAUGAUUCCAUAUAUUAUAUUAUAACAUCAAUGUAGAUUUACUUAAAAUCCUUUAAGUUGUUAGAAAGGACAAAAUGAAAGACCAUAUUCAGUGAUAUAGACAAUGCCACUGACUUUCUAUGAGCGCGACGACGUAAGAGUCGGCCAGGUGCUUUGAGAUGUGUUACCCCAAUGUGUGUGGCCGGUUACUGUGUUAAUGACCUAUACUUUAAUCAUAGUAUACAGUGGUGGAAGACCUUAUAGUAGACAUACCGAGAAAACCUCUGUAAAUGAACAAAUCUAUUAUAAAUAUGGCGAGGCUUCAGGAGCUUUGUCAUCAAAUCACAUGUCAAAUAAACAUGUACUUUGAAAACCCUC